AUGUCGAAAAUAGCAAAUGUUGUUGAUGGCGAAGCUUCAGAAUCAGAUUCUGAAGUUGAAAUUGAAAUAGGAAGAUCUCCAGAUAUAUUACCGGUGACCAAAGGUUUUGUAAUAUCUGGCGAAGCGCCUGAAUCUGAUGAUGAAUCAAAGCUUCCUUCACCGUCAGCUAGAAUUGAGGUUGACUCGCCACUACAUAUUUCUAUGUAUCCUCCAAAAUCACCAACUAAGAUAAUGUACAAAUCUCUACUUCACCAAAAGUUAUGGGAGUGUAAUGUAUCAUUUCGGGCAUCCCUCGAAGGGCUAGUCGGACAGACAACCGAGUUAGCAGUUGAUAAACUUACCAAGGCAGACAAAACAUUACUGAAUGUCCAGGAAAGCAUGAGGGCAACAAAUGCAUCCCUAGCAUUGGCUAAAGCGAGAUUAAAGCAAAUACAAGCAGAGCUGGUCAAAGUUAACUGCAGUAGUGCACUUCCCAAUGUUAAAGCGAAAUAG